GGUAGUAUAUAUCUAUCCUUAUGUUCCAGCUCUGUACAUCACCUCGUCCUAUCCUCCUUUUUCUUUUUUUCUUUCUUUCUUUCUUUCUUUCCUUCUUCCGUACGUUGACUCCCAUAAACCGCACAUACCCUCGCGUUCGAAAAAUAUCACAGAAUGAAAGCUCACGCCCCUCUCAUUGGGAUUCUGUCGCUUCUCGCGGCGACAACCACGGCGAAAAUAUGCAUCAAUGCCACCGUGCCCGUUACAAUAUCUGCCCGCCAAGCAGUGUUCGACAUCGAGGUUCCAACGACCAAUCUCACUACUCCCGAUUUCUUCCUCAAUGUAACGCAGCAGGGAAGAAACUUCACCGACAUAGCUUUGUCGGGAUACCAGACGACGACUGGUACCUAUAAUAUCAGCACCAUGUAUUGUAAACCCGAUGUGGAUAAUUCGAGCAAUCCGACGAUACAGGUCCUAACCCACGGCAUCGGCUUCGACAAAACAUAUUGGGACCUCCCCUACAACAACUUCAACUACUCGUACAUCGACAUGGCCACCACCAACUACUCCUACCACACCCUAUCCUUCGAUCGUCUCGGAACCGGUAAUUCCUCGCACGGCGAACCGCUCAAUGAAAUCCAAUCCUACAUCGAAGUAGCCGCCACCGCCGCCAUCACAGCCAUGCUUCGCAACGGUACAUUUCCUUCCGCGAUGAACACAUCUUACACCCGAAUCGUGCACAUUGGACAUUCAUUCGGAAGCGCCCAGACAUACGCUCUAGCAAAUCUGUAUCCCAACAUCACCGACGGAAUCGUAUUAACCGGAUUCACGAUGAACAGUUCCUUCGUACCCUUAUUUGCCGCUGGAGGAAACUUCCAACAAGCGCAGGAGAACCAACCGUCUCGAUUUUUGAACCUGACUUCCUACAUCGGGGCUGCAGAUAUCUCGGUGCGAUCGCCCGAAGCGGUGCCCGCAGGCUAUAUGGUUUCAUCUGACGCGGCUGCAAACAAAUACCUAUUCUUCAAGCCAAACUAUUACGAUCCAUCGAUCCUCACAUAUGCCGAAAGCACAAAGCAAACUGUUACACAAGGAGAAGUUCUUACACUGGGUUCCUUGUCUAUGUCUAACAAUUUUGCGGGGCCGGUUAUGGUCAUAGAUGGGGAUGCGGAUUUACCUUAUUGUGGAUCGGAUUGUUUGGCUACUGGAGGGGCUGCGGAUUCUUUGGCGGCGAUGGUGAAAGACAAUUUCCCGAAUGUUGAUGAGGAUGAUUUCGAGGCAUAUAUACAGCCCAAUACUGGGCACGGUAUUAAUCUACAUUAUAAUGCGACGGGAGCAUAUGGAGUCUGGCUGGAUUGGUUAGGGGAGAAGGGAUUGGCGAGUUCGUAAGGGGCUAUGAUGGGCGGAAGAAAGAUAUCGAAAGGAGAUAAUGAAUGUGAGAAGCUUGUAAUAUUUGUGAGCGUUGUGUUGUAGAUGGUCGAGAUGUCAAGACCAAAAGAAUAGUCAAGGAUCAAAAGCCAUUUGAGCAUAGAAUGCUAGUUGAGUUCGUGAAUUACUACCAAGAAACA